CUUGAUGACACCUGGUGCCCCUCCUUGCUCACUCCUGUCUUCCCCAGAGGCCCUAACUACAGCCACUACCCUUUCAGGGCCCAGGCUGACCGUGGAUGGGGCUCCUGGCACCUUCAUCCUCCUCCUCCAUCUUCUAUCUGAGCCUGAGACGAACUGCCCACCCCCUCCAGCCACCUGCCGCCUCCUGUUUGGAAGGAGGCCCGCAGCAGAUUUCCUCUUCCCUCCAUUCCCAAGAGGAACCCCUGGUCUGGGGAUACUGAGGCAGGCACAGGGCAGGGCACGUGUGAGCAUCCAGUCAUCCUGAAAGGACACAAGCGACAUGGCCCCGCCCGCGCUCCAGGCCCAGCCUCCAGGCGGCUCUCAACUGAGGUUCCUGCUGUUCCUGCUGCUGUUGCUGCUGCUGCUGUCAUGGCCAUCGCAGGGGGACGCCCUGGCAAUGCCUGAACAGCGACCCUCCGGCCCUGAGUCCCAACUCAACGCCGACGAGCUACGGGGUCGCUUCCAGGACCUGCUGAGCCGGCUGCAUGCCAACCAGAGCCGAGAGGACUCGAACUCAGAACCAAGUCCUGACCCAGCUGUCCGGAUACUCAGUCCAGAGGUGAGAUUGGGGUCCCACGGCCAGCUGCUACUCCGCGUCAACCGGGCGUCGCUGAGUCAGGGUCUCCCCGAAGCCUACCGCGUGCACCGAGCGCUGCUCCUGCUGACGCCGACGGCCCGCCCCUGGGACAUCACUAGGCCCCUGAAGCGUGCGCUCAGCCUCCGGGGACCCCGUGCUCCCGCAUUACGCCUGCGCCUGACGCCGCCUCCGGACCUGGCUAUGCUGCCCUCUGGCGGCACGCAGCUGGAACUGCGCUUACGGGUAGCCGCCGGCAGGGGGCGCCGAAGCGCGCAUGCGCACCCAAGAGACUCGUGCCCACUGGGUCCGGGGCGCUGCUGUCACUUGGAGACUGUGCAGGCAACUCUUGAAGACUUGGGCUGGAGCGACUGGGUGCUGUCCCCGCGCCAGCUGCAGCUGAGCAUGUGCGUGGGCGAGUGUCCCCACCUGUAUCGCUCCGCGAACACGCAUGCGCAGAUCAAAGCACGCCUGCAUGGCCUGCAGCCUGACAAGGUGCCUGCCCCGUGCUGUGUCCCCUCCAGCUACACCCCGGUGGUUCUUAUGCACAGGACAGACAGUGGUGUGUCACUGCAGACUUAUGAUGACCUGGUGGCCCGGGGCUGCCACUGCGCUUGAGCACCGGGCCCUGCUCCUCACCUACACUCCCCUUCAAGGAUGCUAUUUAUAUUUGUAUUUAUUAAUAUUAUUAAUUUAUUGGGGUCGGGCUGGGUGGAUGGAUUGUGUAUUUAUUUAAAACUCUGCUAAUAAAGGUGAGCUUGGUUUCUA